AAGAAGAAGACACCCUCUCUGUCUGUGAUGGGGGAAGAGGAGAGAGAAAAGAGUGUUGAAGCGGUAUUGACCAACAAGCAGCUCUUUCUUCUCUGCUUCCUUCUCUUUACUUUAAACCUUCCUAAGCUGCUCCUACCAAAAUCAUCUCAUCACCAUUCUCAUAAUAAAACUGUCAUUCAUUUGCAAUGAACAAGAAGAUUAGUUGCUCUAUUUAUUAUUAUGCAACUAAAUUUCACUCCCUCUACAAAACACAACUAAAAAAAAAAACUGAUAACUGAGUACAACAGUCUUCUUUGAAGAACGAAUCAAUCAUGGGUCUUUGUCUUUCUAGAACCAAAGUCAGUGGUUCUAACAGCAAUACUCCUUCAGGUAGAACCACCACCACCACCACCACCACCACAACGACAGGUAGAAAUACUACUAAUACUACAAUUAGUAAGAACAAAAAAGAAGGGACUGAGAGUUGUUCAACAACAACCCAACAAGACCCAUGUAGAAAUUACAAACAAAAAGAGAAAGGAGGGAAUUCUAAAAGGGCUACUGGGAUUAUACCCUAUGGGAAAAGAACAGAUUUUGGAUAUGAGAAGGAUUUUGAUAGGAGAUAUUCAAUUGGGAAAUUAUUAGGACAUGGCCAAUUUGGUUAUACCUUUGUUGCUACUGAUAAAGUUAAUGGAGAUCGAGUUGCUGUUAAGAGAAUUGAUAAAAAUAAGAUGGUUCUCCCUAUUGCAGUUGAGGAUGUUAAACGAGAGGUCAAGAUAUUGCAAGCUCUUACAGGUCAUGAAAACGUGGUUCAGUUUCAUAAUGCGUUCGAGGACGAUUCCUAUGUGUAUAUAGCAAUGGAGUUAUGCGAGGGUGGUGAGCUACUGGAUCGAAUUCUUUCCAAAAAGGAUAGCCGUUACACAGAGAAAGAUGCAGCAGUAAUAGUGCGGCAGAUGCUUAGAGUUGCAGCUGAGUGCCAUUUAAAUGGUUUGGUACAUCGUGACAUGAAGCCUGAGAAUUUUCUAUUCAAGUCAGCGAAACUUGAUUCGCCUCUUAAGGCGACGGAUUUUGGUCUAUCGGACUUCAUAAAACCAGGGAGGAAAUUCCCAGAUAUUGUUGGUAGUGCCUACUAUGUUGCACCAGAAGUAUUGAAACGCAAAUCAGGUCCCGAGUCUGAUGUAUGGAGUAUCGGCGUAAUUACAUAUAUCCUGCUCUGCGGGAGACGUCCAUUUUGGGAUAAGACCGAAGACGGCAUAUUCAAGGAGGUCUUAAAGAACAAACCUGAUUUUCGGCGCAAGCCAUGGCCUAGCAUUAGCCACAGUGCCAAAGAUUUUAUUAAGAAGUUGUUGGUGAAGGAUCCUCGUGCAAGGUUAACUGCAGCCCAAGCCUUGUCACACCCAUGGGUUAGAGAAGGAGGAAAUGCCUCGGAAAUUCCUAUAGAUAUAUCUGUUCUAUCUAACAUGCGGCAAUUCGUGAAGUAUGGUCGUUUGAAGCAAUUUGCACUCAGGGCACUGGCGAGCACACUUAACGAAGAUGAGAUGUCUGAUCUGCGUGAUCAAUUUGAUGCCAUCGAUGUAGAUAAAAAUGGAUCUAUUAGUCUUGAAGAAAUGAGACAUGCUCUCGCAAAAGAUCUUCCUUGGAAAAUGAAGGAGCCCCGUGUUUUGGAGAUCUUACAAGCGAUAGACAGCAACACAGAUGGGCUUGUGGACUUCCCAGAAUUCGUUGCAGCUACUCUGCAUGUACAUCAGUUAGAGGAACAUGAUUCUGAGAAAUGGCAAUUGCGGUCUAGGGCUGCAUUUGAGAAAUUUGACAUGGAUAGAGAUGGAUACAUUACCCCAGAUGAACUAAAGGCGCACACUGGACUGAAGGGAUCCAUUGACCCACUUCUAGAAGAGGCAGACAUAGACAAAGAUGGGAAAAUAAGCUUAUCCGAAUUCAGGAGACUCUUAAGAACAGCAAGCAUAGGUUCACGCAAUAUCCCCACCUCACCUGGUGCACACCGAAAUUCUCGUAAGUUAUAGAAACGUAAGAAAAAGUUAGGAAAAUCUAGAGAAGAAGAGGGAACAUUAUCAUAUAUAUAAUACUAGAGAUGACCGCACUUUGAAUCACUUGAUCAUUCCGUUGUUCGGCAACAGGAGCUUCCCCGUGUGAUAAGACUGUUCCAUUACCAGGCUACUGAACUCUGCAAAUCUACAGUCAAGAGGAAAGUCUUUGAUAGAGAAAAAGAACCAUAGAUAAUGAAAGCAUUUUGAAGAAACGUUUGGUGUGUCAGACUGUCAAUUACUACUGUACAUCCUUUAGUCACUGUGGGGCUUGAAUGUCUAUUCCCUCCAUUGUAAUUGUCAAUUUGUGUGAUUAAAUAAACUAUUUAAUUUAAUGCAAAAUGUGGUGGCUCAGUUUUGUGCA